AUGAACGUUGCGGCAUUGGAAUUGGGUCCGCAGCCAGUUCUUCUCAGCAGCGGGCAUGGUUGGGGGAAUGUGACAAGGUUUGCCGGCUUGAGCUUGGCAAAGCUCGCAGAGUUGAGGUGGCGAGCGAAAUUGCACGGCGCAUCGGCGCUGUUGCGAUGUCUGCACCGAUUGCAAGAAAGCCGUAAAAGACACUGUUUGCUGUGCCUGCGGCAUCGCGCAGCUGUCGAAGCUGUCAGCUCGGCAAAGCACCAUGCUGAUGAAACGUUGAAGAAACUACGCAUGAUGGUGGACUCCUUUGAUCUGGAGGCUGAUGACUCCGUGGAGGCAAUUUGUCGCCAAGUUCUCGAUGAGGACGAUGAGACCACUAGCAUGGUCCUGAAGCACUGA